UCAUUUUAACCCUAAAACAUCUCUUCUGCCAAACUCUUACCACGUCCUCUGCAUGGGCGGUGAUCGGCACGAAAUUACGGUUAACAUUUACAACCAACACAUUACACACCUAUAUUCAUUUUCCAGUUAUAAUUCAAAGACCAUUGAUGAAAAGUGAUCAUCCAUGGAUCUGACCCACAAAUUUUUAAACAUUGUUCUUCCUAUUGCAUCCAUCUUUUUAUUCAUCUUCAUCCUACCACUACUUUCAGUGUACCGCCUGUUGAGGUUUUGCAUUAGAUCCUUGUUCCCGGAAAACCUCGCCGGAAAAGUAGUACUAAUCACCGGAGCUUCUGCUGGUAUUGGCGAGCAUUUGGCAUACGAGUACGCAAAACAUGGAGCGAGACUAGCAUUGGUUGCGAGGAGAGAGAAGGUGCUAGGGGUGGUCGCCGAAAAAGCGAAGGAGCUUGGAUCGCCGGAUGCGAUUGUGAUCAAGGCGGAUGUUUCAAAGCUCGAGGAUUGCAAGAGAUUUGUUGAUGAAACAAUCAACCAUUUUGGGAAAUUGGAUUGCUUGAUAAAUAAUGCCGGAAUUGGAAAAGUUGGGCUCUUUGAAGACCAACAAUGCAUCAACGAUCAAACUUCAGUCAUGGACAUAAACUUCUGGGGGUCGGUUAAUGCCACACAUUUUGCACUUCCAUAUCUAAGGAAGAGCAAGGGCAGAAUACUUGUGAUCGGUUCAGUUGCGGGAUGGUUCAAUACGCCCAAAGUAAGCGUCUACAAUGCAAGUAAGGCAGCACAACAAAGCUUCUUUGAAACCCUACGGCUCGAGUUGGCUCCGGACAUUGGAGUAUCGAUCAUGAAUCUUGGGCUAGUUGACACAUACUUAGCCACCAAUGAAUUUAUAUACAAGACAAAUUUAGAUGGGACACCGUUGCUAUCUGUUGAAGGGUGCGCUAAGACAGUUGUGAAUAGCAUGAGACGGGGAGAUGAAUCCUUGACCGAGCCUCAGUGGAUGCGUACGGUCUUUCUAUGGGUGAUGUUGUUACGUGAGCUAAUGAACGUGAUCCUUCGGGUCCUUGCAAAGAAGAGAAAGUGUGAGUUAGAAAAUCAAAAAUCUCAUAGCACCGGUUCAUUACAGCAACACUCUGAUUUCAAACAUGACUAAAAUCCUGAAGAACACAAAACAUUUGUAUGUGGUAACAUGCUUAUUAGUGUCUACGACAAGCGAGCAUUCGGCUAUAUGUAAACAUCAAUCUUCUAGUAUUAUUAUUUGUAAGCAAUAAAAGUUUGUUUCA